GUUACGUGUCCUUCAGUGGACAUCACACUAAACACAUAUAUAUGUAAGAUCCACCUCGUGACGUGACUGAUAAAAAUGGGGAAAUUAUAUCAAUAAUAGAAUAUGUGUUUUCAAUCAAAAUUUUUAUUAUAGAAAUCAAUAAAAAGCAUGGAGGAUGAUAUUGAUAUUUAUGAAGAUUUGCCAGAUUUUGGAACAGAGUUCCAUCAAAACUUUGUGUCAAAUAACGGAGAAAAUAUUGUGGAGGAACAAGUAAAUUUGAAAAAACAGAUUGCAGAACUCACAACAAAACUAGAGAAUUUUCAAAAGGUUAAUAAAAAUUUGGAAAAUAAUUUAUUUUCAUUAUUGAAAACUGCAAAAGCAGAAAUUGCACGGAAGGAUAAGAUGAUAGAUGAGUUAAGAAAAAAAUUAGAUGAUGUAACAUUCAGAAGAAACAUGCAUUCUAAAACAAAUGGCUAUGUCAAUCAUAAAUCUAAUGUUUGUGAAACUGUUGUAAAUAUGUAUCACAAAUCAACUGAUAAUUGUUUUCCUGCUGAUGAAAAUGGUACUGAAACGUUGGUAGCAGACAGUUUGUAUAGUCAAAGCAAGGAUCAACAAAAUAAGUCUACUUUAGUUCCGAUCACUGUCUUUGGUGAACGACUGCUUAAAAGGAUGACAGAUGAACAGAAUUUAGAAAAGAAAGAUAAACAAUCGAAUAAGUUAAGUAGCAGUGAUAAUGAUAAUAAAACCAGUAAAGGAUAUGUAGUUGAAAGUGACAAAGAAAAUGGUUUCUUAAGCGACAUUAACUAUUCUAAUAUAAAAGAAAUUCAGUCUCCUGCAAUUGCGCAAUAUAAAGGAGGCGAACAUGUAAAAAGUCCUUUAACAGACUCAAGAAGUACAAUAAAAGAUCUUCAAUCAAACAAUAAAAACGAGAUGAGUUCUAUAUUUCAGCGAAAGCCAAUAUUUACCAAUUGUACAACUCAUACAGGGAAGAGAGCAAGUGAAGAAACAAGCAGGCACAUUCAUGUGAAACGAAUAAAAUCUACUGAAGUAGAACAUUGCUUUGAAACAACAAAAAAAGAAAUAGAUAAUAACAUCUCUGAAUCCAAGGAGAAAUCCAUGCUCUUUCUGUAUACCAACUCUGAAUCUUCCACUCAUUCUAAAGAAAAAGAGCACAACAUAAAAAGUUUAGAAUACACUCACAAUUCGAACACAGAACUGAAAAAACAUGGAUACUUGGUUGACGAUGCAAAUAGAGAAGACGAGAAAAAAGAUACGAAAAAUAAGAGGAACCUAUUAUGUGACAGAAGAGAUAUUAACGAACAUUCCUCGAAACGACGCAACAAGCCUGCCCAAAGUGCAACAUCUGUUUUAAAUAAGAAAGAAAUAAGUUAUCGUUGUACCGAGAUUUUUGAGAGAGACAAUUAUCGAUCCAAUCAUAGUGAACAUCGUAGUCAUAGAGAUAAACAAAGAGAAUAUCAUCGCAUGGAUGAUCAUCGAUCACGUGUGAGAUCAACACCGUAUACAAAGUCAAACCGAGAAGACAAAUACGGAAGAAAUCAAUAUAGCAAGCAAAGUAUUCACAAUGAAAAGUUUGAGAAACGUUAUAAUUUUCGAAGCACCGGUGCGACAGACAAGUCCAAAAUCUCUAAGAAAGAUUCCAACAAUGUCCGCGGAACGAAGCAUUCUACUGUUGAUCGAAUUUCAGCAGGUCAGAAAUUGGAUGAUAUAAAAAAAACUCAAAAUUAUUACAACGAACACGAGUCACGAAAAAUACGGCUAAAGAAUGCUGAUAAACCGAUUAAACGAUAUGAUGAAGAUAAACACGAUGAACAUAGCAAAUGUUCGUAUCGUAAGAUCAAUGCAGAAAAUUUGAUCGAGCAUCCAAAACAUUCCCAAGUUUCAAGAGGAAUCAAUAGAAAAGAUGUUGGAAUUAUACAAACAGGAAAUGAGUUGGGAAUUGACGAUGAAUUACGGAAAUAUGCCAAAGAAGAAUUAAAAAAUUCAUUCAUAGAUUUGGAAGAUGGUGAAAUUUUAAAUAGUUCAAAUAAUAGUCCGCUUAAAGAUGCGGACGAUAAAUACGAAGGAUUGAAAGAUCGGCAAGAUACCGGUAAAGAACUAUCGAAAGAUAUUCCUUCCACUGUAAAUAGUACGUCGAUAAAGAAUCCGAUAUACAAUACUGUGGGAAAUAAAACGGUGGAGAAAUUAAAAACACCUUCUGAUGAUACUCUACAAACAAUUCCAAUCUCAGAUACCAACAUCACAUGUAUUCCAGACAACGAAAGUCUCAAAAAUAAAGAGAGUAUCGAAAGCGUAGAAAACGUGGAAAACAUUGAAAAAUUUAUUCGUGAUUAUGCACCCACGUGCGAUAAAAUGCUGGGGGACAUAUCAAGAGUGUCGAAUACCAUUCACAUUUCCAAUGACUCGCAAUUAAAAUCAACGAAAAAGGAAGAACAAACAGAUGCUCUAAAUGUUUCACCAAAAAAAAUUAUUUCGUUCAGUGAAAAUCAUCAAACGGAUAAAAACGUUAUCAAUGCCGUCACGUCAAACGAAAACAAUAUCGCCAAGGAUGACUAUAUUGCAGAGCAUAUGACGUCUCUGAAAGAUGCAAAAGAAGAUUGUGUCAUACUACAAAAAAAUGACAGCAUUGAAUUAAAUUCCUCUGAAUUAACCAAAAAUAAUUGUUUGUCAAACGACAAAAUGGAACAAACAUCGGAUCAGUCAAAAGCUCAGGAUAAAUCAUUGGAGAACACCCUAAUAAAAAACUCUGUUAUUUCCGAAACGUCUAAAGGGAUGGAAUUCAAGCAACAAAAUAAUGAUACUAGCAUGAGUAUCGCUGAUCUUACCAAUGAUGAUAUUAGGAACAAUUACGAUAAUUCCAACAAUCGUGAUGAAGGCAAGAUUAAUCGAAAUAGUUCCAAAGAUGUGAAGAAGGUAAUGAAAGACGAGUGUGAAAAUAUAAAUGUUAUAACGGGAAUAACGCGAGAAAGAGAAUGUGGUAAAUAUACAGGAAAAACAGAAGAGAUAGAAUUAAAGGAAUUUAAAAAACCAUUAAUAAAAGGUACAAACGACGACAGAAGCACAAAAAUUUCGCCGAUGAAUGUUCAAGGGAAGAUUGUUGUGUUCGCGCGUCGCAAGAAGCCUGUUUGUUUAGCAAACAGUAAUGCAAACAUGACUGUUCUCAUAAAUAACAAACAUAAUCAUAAUGUCGAUUUAUCCAUUACAAAUAUUAUAAAAACAAAUGGCCAUGGUAUGGCAAAUACGAGUUGAUCAAUCAUUAAAGCUACAAAUAAAUAAUAAUAACAGCAGUAAUAUUCAAAAGUAAUAAUGAUAAUGUUAAUGACCAUUGAUCAUUAUUACUCAUUUAUUAUUCUUACCAUUAUGAUGAUAAUAUUAAUAAUGAGUUGAAUAGUACAUUCAUAUAUUGAGGAACAUGAUACUUCCAAGAUAGAAAUACACAAUGCGAUUACUCGAAAUGUUUACAUUCGCAAAAAAUUAAUCAAUAUAUAAAAGUAGCGUCAUUAUUAUCAGAGAGGAUGGUAUAUAAACUUUUGUAAAUAAUGCAUAAAAGAUAUAAUGUACAUGAAAUAACAAUUUUCGCUUCUAAAUGGGUGUUUUAUAUUUUUACGAUAUAUUGAUGUACAUUCUAUGUAAAACAUAGGAUUUUUCGUCGAACAGUGUUAAUUAAAAUAAAUUUCAAUCAAAUUGCCUUUUACCUUUGAUUUUUCAAUGUAAUUUGCAAAUUCGAUAAUACGAAUUGAUGCAUUUGCAAGAUUCAGAGUAAUAUACUGUCACACUAGUGAGAUUAGCAAAGACUAGCGAGAAAAAAUAUAUGCAACACUGGUUUCUCUCGUCAAUAAAUCGUAUGAUAUUUUAUCUAUUUUAUCAAAAGAAUACGUUUCGUUAUUCCAAUUCGUGUCAUUGCACCCUGUUCAAACUGUAAUUGGCAUCUGUGAAGAGACAACAGAGAUUGCAUAUUAUAAAGGCACGACAGGUACUAGUUAAAAUUACAAUAGCCUAUGACGAUUAUACGACGUGUCUCUAGAAAGACCACCACCAAUUACAUUGUAAGAAAGAGGGUAACGGCGACGCAGUGGGUUGCGAUACGACACGGCGAGACGCGACGCGACACGACGCACUGCGUCCUAGUAUCGCACACGUUAUGCGCUGUCGCAGUCGGAAUAGGCCAAAUCAAACCGAAAGAGAAAGAAAAGAACAAAGAAAAGAAUAUGUGAAAUACGCAAAGGUAUUUCCACUGUCCGGUACACUGGACUUCAAAGUACCAAGUAAAUGGUACAGAAGAGUUGUCGGAUCGCUCGAAAUUAUUUGCGGACUCGCAAUGGCUAUAGUUCCAAGUC